CUUCAAAGCAAAAUGGCCAGUUACAACCCUAAUAUUCCCGUCCGUGGGAACCCAUUCCUUGACAUCCCGUCCGAUAUGGACAGCAACCCAUUCCACUGGGUCUGGGAGGAUCUCUGCUCUGUUCCCCGUCUAGCAAACCUCAUCCCCCGCAUCAUCCUCCCCCUGGGUCCAUUCCUAUCCGGGAAGCUGGAUGAGCUUUACCCAAGUCCCCCCAACCUGCGGGCUCUCGCUCUCCAAGUUUUUCUGUUCAUCAGUCAGAUUCUCUUGCUUUUCUCAUUGCCAGUCGGCCUGUUAGCUCUCUGGGCGUUACCUUUCGUAGCUCAUGCGGCGUUCUAUGCAGCAUUUGCCGUCAUAACAUCGAUCGUUGUCAGACUGCUGAACGGGCCUCCUAGUCGGAGGUCUCUCAUCGGUGUCCCAAAGACAAGACCACCAGUCAAUGACGAGAGCGAACUGUGGUUCUUCAUAAACGGAAUCGCAACUGGAGACCACUGGCAUCAGUCAAACCUCGACGCCCUAGCAGAAAACUUUGGCCGGGAAAUCGUGGGCAUCCACAACCCAACCAAAGGAAUCAUCCUCGACUUAGUCGAAUGCCUCAUCCAGCGAGACCUCGACUACAAAACCGUCGCCAUCCGACAAGGCCGCGCCCACCUGCGCGCCGCCCUCGCCGCCCCUGCAACAAAAAAGGUCGUCCUAAUCGCGCACUCGCAAGGCGGGAUCAUCGCGGCCUCGAUUAUCGACUGGCUCUUCGGCGAGCUCUCAUACGCCCAAAUGCAGAAAUUGGAGGUAUACACGUUCGGCAACGCGGCGCGCCAAUUCCGUAACCCGCCCAUGUUUGAGGAUCCCCGCAUCCACGGCGGCCGCGACCUCGACCAUGGGGAACGUACCGGCACCAAAGAGACACCGCAGCCUCGUCGACAGGACCAUGGCGAGCGAGUCCUGCGGUAUAUCGAGCAUUACGCAAACACGAAGGACUUCGUAGCGAACAUCGGGGUUCUGCAGUUCACGACGCCUGUCGCAGCGUAUUCGAGUGAGAGUUUGUUCUCGGGAAGUCUGUUUGUAAGGCAGGGGUCUGGUCAUUUGUUCAACAUGCACUAUCUCGAUCCCAUGUUUGGGGAGGGGAGUGCGUUUAUGAAAAGUAUAGUUGAGGCGCCAGAGGAAGGCGGGCUGGAGAAUAUUACGCUGAAGCCCGUGGGCGAGCUGUCGAGGCUUUACCAAUAUAGGAAUGGAGAGAGUCCGGAGGAGUCUGGAGGAGUGGGGGCGGAGCAUGCGAAGGGACUCGGUUACGACGGACUCUAGGCUGGGUGUCGCUCAUGGGCUGCGGGUGUGGGAUCUGAUUCUGUAUCCCUAUUUCGUUUAUGCAUUGCUGUAUGAUGCCUCGGGGACGUAUCAGCCCUUGUAGUUUACGUGGCUUGGAUAAAAUCUUUGGGGCUGGAGGUGAACCGUGGUGGAACGGCAACUGGAAUCCAGUCGUUUGGCGGGGAAGUCAAGGCUUAUAAGUUCAGAUAUUGGGUUAUCCCCAGGGCCGGGUGUAUCCGGAGAAUCUUGAGAUUGAUGGUUUCAGAGGUUUAUGUCCAGGGCUCCAAGUAGCCCAAGCAGUAGAAGACCAGGGAAAGAGUCAUAUUAGGGCUGUUGCUGAAUUUCCAUCUACCAACCAACUCGCUAAACAACCAUCCGAACUCUCAAUCUAUG